AUGAAGUGGACGCUGAGGCGAGGUGGGGAAGGAGACAGGAACACCACAGAUAAAGAUAAAACUGGUGCCCUGAAAGAUGGAGGAGGGAAGCUACCUUAUCUGUACACUGAAGAAGGCAAGGAUCAUAAGGAGGGUGAGGAAGAGGACGAGGCUCCGGACGGUGGCUGGGGCUGGGUGGUCGCCUUCGGGUGCUUCAUGGUCUGGGCAAUCUUAGGGUCAGCGAGUGCAAUAUUCGGCGUGCUAUUUGCUGAAUUCCUGACGGAGACCCGCACGUCCUCCACGGUCACUGCCUGGAUCCACAACCUUGCUUUCGUCCUCUCCUGCUACUGUACCUUCCUUCUCGACCCGCUGGUGGAGGAGUACGGCUGGCGACAGGUCACUAUGGUUAUGGGGCUGAUGAGAAGCGCAGGGCUGGCCGUCUCUGCCUUCGCUCCUAAUGCAUACUUCUUGUUCUUCUCCUACACGAUCUUUGCGGGCAUCCCCAUCGACGUCCUGUACAGCCUAUCCUUCAGCGUCAUCCCGCAUUACUUCACCAGACGCCGCACCAUCGCCAACACCUUUAUGUCCAUGGGCUCCUCCGUCAGCAUGUUGGCUUUUCCUCUCUUCGUCACGUUCCUGCAAAAUAACAUUGGCUUCAAGGCGGCAAUCAUCAUCACAGCUGCCUUGAACCUGAAUCUGUGUGUGGCAGCUAUGGUAUUUCAUCCCGUGGAGUGGCAUAGUAAGAAACGUCAAUGUCAACCAAAUAUUGAUAACAUGAAAACAAAUACAGGCUCUCCUAGUCAAAAAAACGAUAAAAACGACGCAAAAAAGAUGAAAGCACAAGUUGAUGCUCCAGUUAAAGAAGAAAAACGAAGAGGAAUAUUUUCUAAUGUGUUGAAAUCGUUUACAAGAGUAGGGGACAUAGCUAAAACUAAUUUAAAGCUUAUGAAGUGUCCUAGAGUAGUUAUCGUCAGCCUAGUCGCUUCUAUAAAUCUACUGGGACUCUCAAACUUCGAUUACCUGGUGCCCUUUGCGAUCCAGGCAGCGGGACAUAGCUUGAACCAGGCUGGACUGUGUUUCACCCUCGCUGGCGUGUGUUUGCUCAUUACCAGGCUCCUGCACCCAUUCCUGGUGACCUGCAUGACUCACAAAGCUAUUAUCGUAUGUGGAUCCACCCUCCUCGCCACCUCUGUUGUUGUGUUUGCGUGGGCUGACGACCUCCUGGUGAAGGCUGCAAUGAUGGGAGCCUUUGGCAGCGGGACGGGGCUGGUGUUUGCUUCCUACAACCUCGUCAUGGUGGAGGUGCUGGGCCUGGCCAUGCUUCAGCCUACGCUCAGCAUUACGGGGCUCUUCAAUGGGGCUUUGUUCCUUGUUAUUGGCCCCUUCAUAGGUCUGGUUCGGGACUUGAGUGGGAGCUACAAGGUGGGGAUGAGUGUAUUAAGCGUCCUCCUCUACACCAGCGUCCUUCUGUGGGUCUUCCUGCCUGCCGCUGUCACCGAACAACGCAGUGAGGAAAGAAAUAACCAGCAGCAGUCACCACCGACACCUUCUCCUAAGUCCCUCGAUGAGAAAAGACCUUUGUUGUUUCGCCGGCUGCACUAAUUAGUGAUUUACUCUUAAGUGGAGCUGGUGAAUAUGUUAGAUCUCCUCAGGACACGAAAAGGUUAAAGAAGUUAUUACUAAAUCUCUCAUACCUACUUGACUCGAUGAAAUAACAUUGUAACUUCGACUUUUUUUGCUUUAUUUCCCUCGAAUUGUCUUAGAGUAGUGAAUGUGUUACACACUUCAAGUGAUUAUUUGCAUAUGAGUACAUUAUAAGUCCCUCCAGGAUACUUGGCUCAAUAGUUUGCCAUGAGCUGGUGAGAGUUGGCCACCACCUGAAUGUUUACUGAGUUAUAUUGCUUUUGUUAACAUAUAUUGCCUCAUCUAACAGCGAGGCUUUGAUGUGAGUGCAAUCAAUUACACGGAUCAACUUUGGAAAAUUACACGAUCUACUAAAUUUCUGCCUUGUUUCUGCCGAUGCUAUACGUUGUUCAAAAUUACUUCUUAUUUUGCAUAUAAUUAGAAGCAUGAAAUUCCAAUGUAAGAUAAUAAUAAAUUAAAAUCAAAUAUUCA